GGAGUGUUACAAAGAGCUGUCUGCUAGAAAACUGAUGCGGUGACUGGUGUCGAUGGGUGGCUCGCGAAGUUCACUUCGCUGUAGUAAGAGGCUUGUGCUAACGGAGUGUAAACCAUGAAGUAUCGGCGCGACAGCGUGGUUUUCUCGUGUGCUGGACUUCGGCUGAAUCGCGUGGGCGUAGAAUGCGCGUCAUCGCAACGUUUGUGAAGGUGCGAUCGCCCCUGCAAGUGCCGUCGUCUAUGGAUUGGAGCGCAUCACGCUCGCUGGACAGUAGUUGAGAACUAAACUACUCGUCCAACACUUAGAUGCCCGUUGAGCAAGUGCCGAUCAUGUUCCUGAAACUUCCGCCCGGUGAAAAGCUGCGAAAGAACAACAGUUGACUCAUUGCGCUUCCCAUGUUGACAUCUUAGCGUGUCAUGUACGUGCGAAGUUCCCGAACCCACGACAGUUGAUGGUGCUUUGUCGACGCCGUGCAUGUUGUGAAAGUGCGCGAUGCCAAAACGGAAGCUGAAAUGGAUUUUACUGUUUGCGAUCACUUGGGUUGGAGGUGUGGGUUAUUACCUUUUUUGGAGCGGCCGUCGCAGCACGUCUGAAGACAGCAACGAGGCGCUCCGCCUGAAGCCGUCUGCAGCAGCUGCCCUCCGCCAGUCUUCCUCACAGCUGCCAAACUCGAGCAGGCAGCUGUCGUGGCGCUACUUCGACGAGAAUGGUUACGUGGUGGUGUCUCGGGUAAAGCCGGGAGUGGACCCGUACGAACGGCACAAGUUCAACCAGGAGGCGAGCGACGCGCUGCCCAGCAAUCGUGCCAUCCCAGACACCAGGCAUCCUCAGUGCAUACCCGAAGGCAGCUUGCAGCCGGGAGAGAAGCUGCCCCCGACAAGCGUCAUCAUCACAUUUCACAACGAAGCCCGCUCGGCACUCCUCCGCACCAUCGUCAGUGUUCUCAAUCGAAGCCCUCCGGAGCUGAUUGAAGAGAUUAUUCUUGUAGAUGACUUCAGCGAUGACCCAUCGGAUGGCAAAGAAUUGGCAGCUAUACAGAAAGUGCGCUUGGUCCGAAACAAUAAAAGAGAAGGCCUGGUGCGCAGUCGAGUGCGUGGCGCCCACGAGGCCCGGGCACCAGUGCUCACCUUCUUGGACAGCCACUGCGAGUGCAACCAGGGCUGGCUGCCGCCACUGCUGAGGCGCGUCAAAGAGGACCCGCGCCGAAUCGUCUGUCCCGUCAUCGACGUCAUCAACCUCAACUCCUUCAAAUACUUCGGCGCUUCCUCUGACCUGCGUGGCGGCUUUGACUGGAACCUGGUGUUCAAGUGGGAGUUCCUUUCAAGCAAGGAGCGUGAAGAGAGGGCAAAUCAUCCUACACUACCGAUCAGGACGCCCAUGAUAGCAGGCGGCCUGUUCGUUGUGGACAAGGCCAAUUUCGAAGAGCUGGGAACCUACGAUACAGCCAUGGACAUUUGGGGUGGGGAAAAUCUCGAGCUCUCCUUCCGCGUGUGGCAGUGCGGGGGCAGCCUGGAAAUCCUGCCUUGCAGUCGCGUGGGCCAUGUCUUCCGCAAGCAGCACCCGUACUCUUUUCCUGGGGGCAGUGGCAAUGUCUUUGCUCGAAAUACUCGUCGUGCUGCUGAAGUCUGGAUGGAUGACUUUAAAAAGUACUACUAUGCCAUGGUGCCUGUUGCUCGCAAUGUCCCCAUGGGAAGCAUUGAAGAGCGGCUAAAUCUACGCAAACGUCUGGGCUGCCAGUCUUUCCAGUGGUACCUCGACAACGUGUUUCCCGAAUUGAAGGUGCCAGCGGCUGGUGGCGAGCGACUGGCAUCUCUGCGCCAGGGAUCGUUGUGCCUGGACACGCUCGGCGGAAGCGAGGGCUCUCCGGUGGGCCUUUUUGCGUGUCAUGGCGCCGGAGGCAACCAGCACUGGAGCCUCGCGUCACGCCUCAUCGCCCACGGAGGCCUGUGCGUUACACUCGAUGAAGAGCAGGAAGGGUCGCUGCUGCUUCGACCCUGUGGCGGACACCCCUCUCAGAGGUGGCUGUGGCUGGAUCACAAGCUUCAGCAGCCAGGAGGCAAGCUGUGCCUGGAUGGCAGCAACGGUCGUCUGACGGCACAACCGUGCCGCCGCACUGCCCAGUCACAGCGGUGGACGCUGUCCACCUGAGCAACCUCCUCAAGCUGAACGUGGCUGUUACUUAAGGAACACUUGAAACAGUGGUUGUGAUGGAUGCGUCACAAGCAGUCAUCGUGACUGUCAUCGAUGCAUCUCUCCGCAGUUCGGCAAAGAACCCCCAGAACCCUGAAAGUACGUGUACCACAGAACAUAGAGCUUCCUGCAUUAUUUACUAGAGGGAACUGGCACGCUGCGAUCAUUCAGCCACCAUGGGAAUGAUUGGUAGUACAGUAGAAUCUUGAUUGAUUUGAUUGAUUGAUAUGUUGGGUUUAACGUCCUAAAACCACCAUAUGGUUAUGAGAGACGCAGUAGUGGAGGGCUCCGGAAAUUUCCAACCACCAGGUACAGUGGAAUCUUGUUGAUACAAUUCUGCACUUGUUUAUACCUUACACAUAUUUCUUUUUGCUCCUUGUCUACAUUACUCUUGACCAGCCUCCUUGGCUAAUACGAUUUUUGCAUAAUACGUUUUAUUUAGCGGUUUCUGUGAAAAACGUAUCGAGAUAUCACUGUACACUGCGUUUGCCUCGUCUUCAUGUUUGCGGUUUCAAACACGCUUGUAGUUUUGUUUGUUGCUGUGUCUCAGUUUUUGUUUUGGAUAAAGAUGGCUUAUCGUGAAACUCGUGAGCUGUUUUGAAGUGGUGAGGCUCAAAGUGUCUGCGUGGUGAAGUAGGCCUACUGAACUUUUCAUUGUGACUAAAGUGGCUGCACGUCCUUGUGAGACAUGAUACCGAUAAGUCCAUGUACUAAUUGAUAAAUCCACCUACUGAUAAAUCCAUGCACUACCAGUCACUUGCAUCAAGGCUGAAGCGUCAUGUGUUGCAGCUCCCAUAGACACUAGUGCCAGAUUUCCCUCUGGUGUACUAUUAUGAAACUAUGCCACAGAACAACGUAAUAACAAUGUCACAUUUGAAACAAAGGUAUGCUUGUUACAUCUAUGUAUUCAUUAUAACCAUACUAUUCAGUGUAUGCUAAUGUUGACAAGAAAUAAUAUUGGCUUUCAUUAGUUAUAUAGUUUGACUGUGCAGUGUUUUCCAGUGUAUACGUCCCACUUAAUUUCAAGAAAUGUCGUGUUUUCAGUACAAGGAUGCAUCAACAGGUACAGUGUUGUAUUGUCGUAGUGCAUGCAUUAAUGUGAGAAACCACUGCAUUCUCAUGACACUGUUUCUAUACAAAUACACACAUACGAUUAAAUGCAUAUUCCGUGCCUGUGGUUGUUGCCUACUAGAUACUUUGCGAUGCCAUACAAAUCAAGCCCGCAUUUUGCUUCUCGACUGUCACAGAAAAGAUGUGAAAAUGUAACGUAGAAAAGCUGUAAUGUAGCUUUGAAAUUCUGUGGCACCAACAUUAACGACCACUAGCCUUUCAGGACAGAGUGAAUAAUCUCACACGCUGAACUUCAGUAAAGAAAAACGGUGUGUAACAGGCUGACAUUAUUGCUACUUAGGAGUACAAACCCUGAGCUUCCAAUUACCAUAAAGCCUCAUGAACAGUUCUCUCUUAAGUUGAUAGUUUGUCGAACGACCUCACCUUUUCUCCUCCUUUUUUCUUUUCUUGAAAAGAGUGCAUAGUACUACUCUGUUGAAUGCUAGACCUGAGGCAUCGCACCAUACAACCUCACAAGUUAUGCAGAAGUUUUGUGGUUAAUUGUUCAUUGCUGUAUAUGUAGCCAAUAUAUUCUAAAACAAUUUGCAAUCGCACGGUAUAAAAAGGCUGAAUGUUUCUACAGAGAGCAAGAGCCCUUCAUGAAGAAUCCAAUGUAAUGCAAUGACACAUGCCCCAAAAAAGAACGCACACAGAUCCGCAACUACACAUGUAAACACGAUGCAAUGCCUCUAUCUUUUUUUGAAAGUCUUUGUUUUGUCGCGUUAUGUUAUGUCCUUUAGCUAGUACCAACUUUUCCCAGUGUGUUCUUUUGAUGGCUAUGGUAGGCUAGCACUGUGCCUAGUGUAUUUUUCGAGCCCUGUAGUGCAAUUUGCUCACAAUUAAUGUAUAAUUUCACAGUGAUAUCGCAAUGACAAGUAUUCAAGUUUACUUUCUCCGGCCAAAUAAAGACAGGUCCUUCUUAUGCAAAUAUGCAA